UCGCGACGUCUGGGCCAUGUCGCGGGCAACAUGGCGGAAGCGGACGGGGAGACGCUGGAGUCCUGGCUGAAUAAAGCCACUAAUCCUGCAAAUCGGCAGGAAGAUUGGGAGUACAUCAUUGGCUUCUGUGACCAGGUCAAUAAGGAGCUGGAAGGGCCACAGAUUGCUGUCAGGCUGCUGGCUCAUAAAAUCCAGUCUCCACAGGAGUGGGAGGCAGUACAAGCCCUCACCGUCUUGGAAGCUUCUAUGAAGAACUGUGGACAGAGAUUUCACAAUGAAGUUGGGAAAUUCCGAUUCCUGAAUGAACUAAUCAAAGUGGUAUCUCCGAAGUAUUUGGGAGACAGAGUAUCUGAAAAAGUCAAGACUAAAGUCAUUGAAUUGCUCUUCAGCUGGACAGUCGCCCUCCCAGAGGAAACCAAAGUCAAAGAGGCUUAUCAAAUGUUAAAGAAACAAGGUAUUUUGCAUCAAGAUCCUCAGAUCCCCAUUGAUAAAACCCUGAUUCCUUCACCAACCGCACGUUCCAAAAACACAGUCUUUGAAGAUAAUGAAAAGUCUAAGCUAUUAGCCAGGUUACUGAAAAGCAGAAAGCCCGAGGAUCUCCAGGAGGCCAAUAAACUGAUAAAGAACAUGGUGAAGGAGGAUGAAGCUCGAAUGCAGAAAAUAACAAAACGCAUGAACACUCUGGAGGAGGUGAACAAUAAUGUUCGUCUUUUGAAUGAAAUGUUGACCCAUUACUGCAAGGAUGAUUCAACAGAAGGGGACAAAGAGUUGAUGAUGGAGCUAUACGACCAAUGUGAGAAAAUGAGGCGGGCGUUGUUCAAAAUUGCGAGUGAGACGGAGGACAAUGACAACAGCUUAGGUGAUAUUCUACAAGCAAGCGAUGACCUUUCACGUACUAUAAACUCCUACAAGAAGAUUGUUCAAGGACAGACUGUAAAUGGAGAACUCAGUUUGCCCGAACCUCCGAAGCCACCAGUCCGUAGUGGAACCAGUGAUACAGGAACACUGAUCGACUUGGUGGGGUUAGAUGUGCCCUCUGCAAAAACUGUUCCCAUUCCAGUACCGAUAUUCCCCAUCAUUCCUCCUCCGCCAAACGUCACGGGUGAUUCUGGCUCUCGCUUGCUCGGCCUGUCAAGUGUGAACAAGCAACCUCCCAGCGCGACCAGUGCCAUUGGCCUGCUGGAUGUGGAGCUGCUUUCACUGGGUUUGAAUGAUCCUCCAUCGUUUAAUGGUAUCGACAAGGACCCUGGGGAACCUCAGCUGAAAAGUUUUCUGAUUGACAACACUGUUCUCAACCCCUUCACCGUGCCCCCAGCUCCGGCUGGGUCCAGCUCCUGCACCAAUCCUCUUGUGCAGUCGGAUGCUCGUCUCCUUCAGCAGCCCCCUCCUCCGUCACUCCUGGUGAUGCCCGGAGCUUCACAUCUCCCACACGCCCCGGCUGUGCCUCUCUCAGUAAAAGUUGCCGCUCGAUCCAGCCCGGCUGCCAUGUUGCCAGCACCUCACUUGGUCUCCAUGUUUGCGGGAGAACCUCUGCAAUCGGGUUCCUCCUCCCCGGUAAUGUUUAGCAGCAGCAUCUUCAACAUGAACACGUUUGAUCAGAAGCACCGAGAAGAGCUCAGAGGUGCUUCUCGUGUGAUGGGUAUCAUGGCUGGGGCAUCGGGAGGCAGUGGCCAAUGCACACCUACUGCAGCACCGGGCAGCCCCCUGUUCCGUUCCCUCUCCCCUCUGCCGCUCAGUCCUCUCCGGACUGGAUUGCCAGAAGUAUCACUUGCCAACGUGUUAGUUCCACUGGAGACGAUUAAACCAAGUGGUAUUCUCCCAGUGACUGCGUACGACAAGAGUGGCUUCAGGAUCCUGCUGCACUUUGCGAAGGACUGCCCUCCCACACGGCCAGAUGUGCUGGUUGUGGUCAUUUCCAUGAUCAACACCUCACCCCUGCCCGUCACCAACAUCGUGCUUCAGGCAGCAGUGCCCAAGACAAUGAAAGUCAAGUUACAGCCUCCAUCUGGGACCGAGUUGGCUCCGUUUAAUCCUAUCCUGCCUCCAGCUGCGAUCACACAAGUUAUGUUACUGGCAAAUCCUUUGAAGGAGAAGGUGCGGCUGAGGUACAAGCUGACAUUUGCACUGGGACAUCAGGCCUGCUCGGAGCUUGCUGAAGUGGACCAGUUCCCUCCAGCUGAGAAUUGGGGAACCCUCUGACUGCCACAACUCACAGCCUUUGUCCCCAAUGACAGUGAUGAAUUGGAACACAUGGCCGUCCACUGAAGCACUGUGUCAUUUGUUCUGUUUGAAGUUCCCGGAUGCGAUGAAGGAGCACGUUAAGGUGUGGAAAUGGGUUGAUGUCUUCCACAGGACUCGAGUCUUGUCACUGCUUGUGUUAUUUUGUCACACGGUGAAGGCUAUUCUGUGCCCAUAUCCAAAGCCAUUCGACAUUCAUUCCAUCCUCCAAACACUCCUGCCGAAAAGGAUACAACCUGCUGCACCAAUAAUCCUUUUAUUGGUCAGCUAAACUCCAUAUUAAAUUAGAUUCUUGGGUGUGCUUGCGUCCGCUGAAUACACCUGGGUUGUUGACUCAAAUUCUCUUGUGACCGAGAUCCCUGCUCUUGUUGGCCAUCUGGGAAUUCAAAUGUCUUGGCACCGGAUGAAGUUGCGAGACCAGGUGGUAGCUCCCUCUGCAGUUAAACUCUUUUAUCAUUGCCAGGGUGAGGUUCAAGAGGAUGGAUGACCAGCACGACAGGUCUGUAAAAUGUUAGACAUACUCAACAGAUCAAGUACCUUCUGUGUUGUGAUCUUUGGGUCAUAAAGCAAAAUAUUGAAAUAAAACCAAGGAAAGUCUCACGAAAGCUCAACUGUUUCUCCUCAGAGGCUGCCCGACUUGCUGAGUACUUCCAACAUUUUGUGUUUUAAGAACUUUCAGGUUGAUCGUAUUACAGGUUUAAUGUAGAGGUAGGAAGGAUAGUACAAGAGGUUUGUAGUAGAGUGAAAAGAUAAAAUGUUAAAUGACCAAAGAGAUGGUGGUGGGACAGUGAGGGAGAUAAGACAGUCUGGUGAAAGGGUACCUGAUGAAAUGGCGCUGAUGUAAACACGGGGUUGGGUCAAGGAGGCUGCAAAGUGUCUUGGAAAAAGGUGAGCUGUUAUUCCUCAGUAACAUUGCCUCUUCCACAUUUUAAUGAAGCUCAGAAGGCAAAAGGAUCAGUGGGAUUGAAAAGGAAAAUUAAUAUCGGCAAUGCAGGAAAACCAGAGACAGAACUGCUGAGACACAUUGGUUGUGGUCUCUGGGUUAGACAUGCUGUCAGUGCCCCAUGUCUAGUGCAGCCAAGUAUCAGGUCAGGGGACCUUAGACCUGCACUUCCUGGACAGAUCUUGGGCUGAGACUGGAAAACAUCUCUGAUCUUUCUUCCUGGUGACCCAGUAACUUCACGCAAGUGUUGUCUCAAUGUUUUCUCCUUGUUGAUCAGUCCAGUGCCGAUUCUUAAAUUACACUCCACCUUGAAUGAGCAUCAACAAGGUUUUAUUUAGUUCUGCCCUUGCUGCAUUGAGGGUUGGAUCUGGGGCACGGGUGGUGCUGCAGGUCUGUUGUUCCAAGCUGCCCAGGCUCCAUCUCCUAUGGACAGGACACUGUCAACCACCAAACCCACCAGAUGGAUCCCUUCGCUUGCACUGCACAGCUCCUCGUAGAUUGCACAAAGUAUUCGGGCUUGCGUUCCAUAUACUUUUAACUGUUGCAAACUGUUUCAGUCUUCCUCCCCCUCCCCCAGACACCUCCUCUUUCCUAAAUGCUAUGCGAUAUGUGACGUGUCAUGGUGCUCAGAGGUACAGACACGCACCCCUCCUAGUGCUGUCACGUGUUGUUGCUGCUCUGUAUAAUGUAUUUAUUGUUCAAGAUUUUAUUCUUGAAACUGUCCUGCUGCAUCCAGUGCAGUUUAUGUUCAAACUCAAAUUUAAAGUGUUAUUUUUAAAUUCUACGCUGUUGUCAUUUGCAUGAUAAAUUUAUCUUUAUAUCUUCCUGA